AUGUUAGCAACAACAGCACCAAACUCGUUAGUCAUGAAUCCUACGUCAAUGUUAGUAGAGAUGAAAAGCUUCAUUCCUUCUUCAUAUACUUUCGAAACAGAAAUCCAGAAGAUAAAGCAAGAACUUCUCCAAGGAGAUUUAGACUGUAGUGCGAAAGAUGAAACAAAUGAAGAAUAUCUUUAUGAAAUGCAGGAUAUUAUUGACCAUUUACCUAAACUUCCUGAAAUACAACAACAAAAGCUUACUAUUCCUGAAUUCGAUGAAAUAGAAGUGAAACCAACUGACUCGGUAGAAAUAAAGAAGUUCAUACGUAAGGUAAAUUAUGAAUUCCUUGGUUUUCAUUGCAACCACAAAGUCAUGGACAAAGACUGCGAUAUGGUAUAUAAGAACAUCUCUGACAUAUAUAAAUCGGAGGAGUUUAAGACCUACGACAACUUUGUUUCGUUAGUUGCAAAAUGUGUAUGGCAGAUAAGAGAUAAAGAUAAAAGAGGUAAAGUAUGGAACGAACAGAUAAAACCAGCAACUUUUGAGUUAAAGAAAACCAUUGACGCCUUAGUCAUACUUGCAGGUUUUAUUUCAAUGUACAAUGCAAAAAUGAACCCGCAAUGUUCAAAAUGUAAAGCAGCAAUGAAGAAAUAUAACUACUCCGUCAAAGAGAUAGAAAGAAUGAGAAACGACUAUGCAGAUUUAAAGAAAGAAGCAGAAAAGCCAGCAGAA